UUCCCUUCUCCAGGAAACCUCUUCAGGCUCAUAGUAAAAUCCAAACGAAAGUUCUUCCUAGUGUCUGACAAUCCUUUCCGCCUGAGUUGCAUUUCUGCCCCCCAAGGAGCGGCUUCCACUGACCAGAGACCCCUCAAAGAGGUCAAUCACGUUCUCGUCGUCUUCAAACUGUCUCUUCCUGACCAGCUCCAAGGCCCAGUUCCAAGCUACGGGCUACCCCAGGAGGUACCAUGUGGGGAUGUCCGCUGGGGCUGCUGCUGCUGCUGCUGGCUGGCCAGGCUGCCCUGGGGGCCCGGCGGAGUCGCUGGCGCAGGGAGCUGGCGCCAGGGCUGCACCUGCGGGGCAUCCGGGACGCGGGCGGCCGGUACUGCCAGGAGAAGGACUUGUGCUGCCGGGGCCGCUCUGACGACUGCGCCUUGCCCUACCUGGGCGCCACCUGUUACUGUGACCUCUUCUGCAACCGUACGGUCUCCGACUGCUGCCCCGACUUCUGGGACUUCUGCCUCGGUGUGCCACCUCCUUUCCCUCCCAUCCAAGGAUGCAUGCACGAGGGCCGCAUCUACCCAGUCUUUGGAACCUACUGGGACAACUGCAAUCGAUGCACCUGCCAGGAGAAAGGGCUGUGGGAGUGUGACCAUCAGCCAUGCCUGGUGGACCCAGACAUGAUCAAUACCAUCAACCAGGGCAACUAUGGGUGGCAGGCUGGGAACCACAGUGCCUUCUGGGGCAUGACCCUGGAUGAAGGCAUUCGCUACCGCCUGGGUACCAUCCGUCCAUCUUCCUCUGUCAUGAACAUGAAUGAGAUUUAUAUGGUGAUGGGCCCAGGAGAAGUGCUACCCACUGCCUUUGAGGCUUCUGAGAAGUGGCCCAACCUGAUCCAUGAGCCAUUGGACCAGGGCAACUGUGCAGGCUCCUGGGCUUUCUCCACAGCAGCUGUUGCAUCUGACCGGGUCUCCAUCCAUUCUCUGGGACACAUGACACCUAUCCUAUCACCCCAGAAUCUGCUCUCCUGCGACACCCACCACCAAAAAGGCUGCCGAGGUGGGCGUCUUGAUGGUGCUUGGUGGUUCCUGAGGCGUCGAGGGGUGGUAUCUGACAACUGCUAUCCCUUCUCUGGCCGCGAUCAGAAUGAAGCUAACCCUGCACCUCGCUGUAUGAUGCACAGCCGUGCCACAGGGCGGGGCAAGCGCCAAGCCACUGCUCGAUGCCCCAAUAGCCAGGUUGAUUCCAAUGACAUCUACCAGGUCACUCCUGCCUACCGCCUGGGCUCCGAUGAAAAAGAGAUCAUGAAGGAGCUGAUGGAGAAUGGCCCCGUUCAAGCACUCAUGGAGGUACACGAGGACUUCUUCUUAUACCAGAGUGGCAUCUACAGCCACACACCUGUGAGCCUGGGGAGGCCGGAGCAGUACCGCAGGCAUGGGACCCACUCAGUCAAGAUCACAGGGUGGGGAGAGGAGAAGCUGCCUGAUGGAAGGACGCUCAAAUACUGGACUGCAGCCAACUCGUGGGGCCCAUGGUGGGGUGAGAGAGGCCACUUCCGCAUCGUGCGUGGGGCCAACGAAUGCGACAUCGAGAGCUUCGUGCUGGGCGUCUGGGGCCGCGUGGGCAUGGAGGACAUGGGUCACCACUGAGGUCACGGGCACUAGUCCUGACUGGUCUAGGGAGCCUGCAAAACAGCCACUGAAGAGCCUUUACGUGGCACCCAAUAGAAGCCUGAGCAUGGUUGGGCACCAGGUGCUAAUCCCUGGCACUGAUCAAUUGACUGCCGCACCCCAUCUGGGAGCCACGGGUGUGUGAGACUGGUGGGAGUCCCCAGAUAUCCCAGCCAACCGGCCUGGCCUGGAAACAGCAGAGCCUAUAGACCCAGGCCUCUGACUCCCCAAGCCUAAGACCAGAGGAGCCAAGACAGCCCCAGUCUUCACUCUACUGCCCCACCCCAUCCUAUUUUCUAAUUCUUUCUCUUUUUGGUUAAUUCUGCCUGUCUCCCUGGCUCCUGUCUCCACUCUGCCCUUCCACUCCCAAUACGGUGUUCUUAUUCUUCAAAGAUAUUUAUUUUUCUUUUCACUAUUUUAAAAUAAAGCCAAAGUAU